CACAUCGAUUCCCCACCCGCUAGGGUUUUGUCUGUGCUCCUCCCUCCCAAUCCCCUCCCCCUCCGGGCAACCCCGCAAGCCACGAAGCGCGGCCGAGGAAGGGAGCAAGGCGGCGAGACUUGAGCGAGGAGGGUCGUCCAUGGCGCCGCUGACGUGGCGGCACCACACGCUGCUGCAGGCGCUGCUCUCGCGGGGCCCGCUCCCGGAGCCGGACUUCCACGCCCUCUUCACCGACAUGACCGGCGGCAAGAACCCCGCCACUCACAAGCAACUGUUCGUUGACACGCUUGGGAAGAUCAACAAUGAGCUCAAGUAUUUGAACUUUGAUCUGCGAGCAGGCAUAAACCAGUAUGAUGGAACUGUGUAUUAUGGAGUGAUCAACACCAUUGCUGAUGAAGAAUCCAAGCUUGGAUCCAAGUAUUCCGUGCCACAGAUUGCAUUCUACAAGGGACUGUUGGAAGCAAUAGUUCAGGAAGCUGGAAACGAUGGCACCAUAACCACUAUUGACGCUUUUAAUGUCCGGAUUGACAACCAGGUCAUAAUUGCAGACAGUACACAAGACAGUCAAUCUCGCCUUCCCUCUUCAAUUACAAACUUCUCGUUCAACCAAAAGGAAAAGACUCUUGAUGACCUGAUACAAGAUCGUUGGCUGUCAUAUACCUCCCCGGGCAACAUUGGUCUUGGCAUUAGAUCAUUCCUUGAUCUUCGAAGCUGGUUUCGCAGUAAUGAUAUCCCAUCAUGCGAGGUUUGCAAUGAAGCUGGUAUAAAGGCAUCAACUUGUCCUAACGAGGGUUGCAAUGUAAGAAUCCAUAGCUAUUGUCUUAAGAAGAAAUUUUCACAACGCAAGGCUUCAAGAGCUUGUCCUGGUUGUUCUACAGAAUGGCCUCGGCAGGAAGGCGAAGAUGAACACGAUGACGAUGAGGAUACAAAUGAACCUGAGGAAGGCCAGCAGGCCCCAUCAGCCCCGUCAGCUGUUCGUUCUUCAAGGAAGAGACGCAAAGGAGUCAAAGCUGAGCUGGUUGAAGAAGCUGAACGCGCAGGCCCGUCAUCCGCGAUGCCUAGGAGAAGUUCGAGGCGUGCCAAGGCUGAGGUUGCCCAGGAGGCAUCAUCAUCCGCAGUAGCUUCUCAGCCAACCAGGUCUUCCAGGAGAAGGAAGAAUUGAUGAGAUUGGUCUUCUCUUGCUUGCGAGGUCAACGAUGCAAGGCUGCUUUUGUGAUGUACAUACCAUAGCCAGUAUCUACUAGGGAAAUGCCUAAUUUGCACUUUCGUUCUGCACCACAUGUCUGGGCCUUGAGAUUGGUGAUGGCCUGUAUUCAAAAUGUAUUAGUCAUAUAAAAUUAUGUAUAUGCACUGAGGGCAGUGAGGCCCAGGCGCCCAGCACGUGGGGGGUCUCGGUCUCUCUCCCCAUAUGCAUCGCCUUCUCUACC